AUGAGUUUCGUUCGACAAGUUUGGUAUCAUAAUCUCACCCAAGAAUUGGUCAUUCUCAACGACCAACUUUUCAAGUUUCCAGUGAUUGCGAUGGACACUGAGUUCCCUGGCUUUCUCCGAUCAACUCUGAGAGGUGCUCCCGAGGAACAUUUCUACCAAGAUUUGAAGUUCAAUCUAAACCAUUUGAAAAUUCUUCAAUUGGGUCUCACUCUGAUGGAUGAGAACGAGCAUGUUGGGUUGUCUUGGGUGUUCACCUUUUCUGAUUUUGAUGAACAAACAGACUUCUCUAGUCCUACGUCAAUCCAAUAUUUGAAGAACAAGAAAGGGUUUGAAUUCAAGAAACAGAGGAAAGAUGGAAUUCCAUCGGCUGAAUUUCGACGUGCAUUUCUGCCGAUCUUUUCUAGCAAUCGGAUAACCAAAUGGAUCACAUUUCAUGGCAUUUACGAUGUUGCUUAUUUGUUGAAGCUAAUGAUGAUCAGAACCAUGCCGGAGUCCAUGGUGGAAUUCGCCAUCAUAGCUCAACGUCACCUUGGUACAGUCAACGACCUCAAGCACAUGAUUCGCAAUUGUGAAUAUUUAAUGAACGGUGAACUUGGACUUAAGAGACUUGCCGAGUUACUCAAUGUGAACGACACUAUUUUCAACGGUGGUUCUGAUAGUUUGCUGAUAGCUUUGGCGUAUGCAAAGAUGAAGAAGACGCUCAAGUUUUCGUCGGAGAUUACUGAUGGAUUUUUGUAUGGUUUUCAUUACAGAAUUCGAGGAUAUAGAACCUUUUGCUAUCUAAUAACAUAUUACCCAAACUCAUUACCUUUCUAA